UGCAAACCCAAUCAUUGAUCGAGUUGUAGAGAUUGAGGUGAUGAAGAUGAGGCAAGAGAAAGCCAUAUCAUCACUCUCUUAUUAUUUUUCAUCAUCACCUGCACUUAGUAUUCUUCUUCAUCUUGUGUUUUGCCUAUUAUGUCUUAUCCUUCCCAGUUUCACUGCAUUAUCGACAAUAAUUCCACUCUCAAAUGAAACCGAUAGAAUUUCCCUUUUAGAUUUUAAACACCAGAUUUCUUAUGAUCCUCAUGGAGUAUUACUUAACUCCUGGAAUGAUUCCGUGCAUCACUGCAAUUGGGCUGGAGUGAGUUGCGGUCAUGGACACCGACGAGUUGUGGCUUUGGAGCUUCCUGGGAAGGGCUUGGUUGGCACCAUAUCUCCUCAUAUUGGAAAUCUCACAUUCCUCAGGGGGUUUGAUCUUAGCGCUAAUGAAAUUCACGGUGGAAUUCCCAGCGAAAUUGGCCGUUUGUUUCGACUAAGAUACCUCAACUUGUCUAUCAAUGCACUGACCGGAGAAUUGGCGGCCGUCAACCUGAGUAGCUGUUUACAACUCAGGCAAGUCAACUUUUAUCAAAAUGGCCUCCAUGGGAAGCUUCCUGUAAAGCUUGUUUAUUUGCCGGAGUUACUGUUACUCAAUCUGGGUAAUAACCAGUUGACCGGUGAAAUCCCUCCAGCUUUUGGGAAUUUUUCAUCGCUUCGAGUUUUGGCCUUGUUGUACAAUCAUUUGGAGGGGAGUAUUCCUGAUGAGAUUGCACAAAUUUGGGGUUUAAAAGCUCUUUCACUUGCUGUAAACAAUCUGUCUGGUAAUCUUCCUUCUGCUUUCUUCAAUAAGACUUCAAUUACAUAUUUUUCAGUGACAGCAAACUCACUUCAAGGAACCAUUCCCAGCCACAUAGGAGACACCAUGCCAAACUUGAAAGAUUUCUUUUUUGGUGCCAACAAAUUCCAUGGAACCAUCCCUGUUUCAUUUCCCAAUGCCUCUAAGCUUCAAAAUCUUGAGUUAUCACAAAACUAUUUUGUAGGCAAGGUUCCUGGUAAUCUUGGAAUGUUGAAAGAUCUUCAGCGUUUGAACCUUGAGCUCAAUUUGCUUGGUGGCAAUGAUCCCCUCACUGACUUGGCUUUUAUAGCCUCUCUGUCAAAUUGUAGCAAUUUGAAUGCAUUUUCAAUUCAAACAAAUAGAUUUGAAGGUAAAUUGCCAGACACCAUAGCUAACCUCUCAUCCAAGCUCUCUUUAUUAUUUCUCGGGUGGAAUAAGUUAUCUGGAACGAUACCAGUAGGAAUAAAAAAUCUAGUUGGCUUGACGGGUUUAAGUUUUCGAGAAAACCUCUUGUCGGGUGUUAUUCCUGGUGAGAUAGGUGAGUUGCAAAAACUACAAAAACUGUAUUUAGGUGUGAACCAAUUUUCUGGAAAAAUACCACCAUCACUUUUUAACCUAACUUCUCUAUCUUCACUGUAUAUGGACAACAACAAUUUAGAUGGCAAUAUACCUUCGAGUGUGGGAAACUUUUGGAAUUUGAAUGAAUUGGUCUUGUCGAGUAACAGACUUACUGGCACCAUUCCUCAACAAGUUUUCGAGUUGCCUUCUUUGUCUAAGUACCUUGAUCUCUCUAGUAAUUCAUUCACUGGCUUUUUAUCUCCUGCCGUAGGCAAAUUGAAAACACUGAAUGUGUUUGACGUCCCAGGAAACAAAUUAUGGGGCAAAAUUCCAGAAACAAUUGGGGAUUGUUUAAGCCUUGAAUAUCUUGAUUUGCAUGCUAAUCUCUUUGAAGGAAAAAUCCCACCUUCUUUGGUUUCCUUGAAAAACAUUAAGUAUUUGGAUCUCUCAAACAACAAGUUGACUGGAGAAAUACCGAGAGAAUUCCAAAAGCUCCCUCUUUUGCAAUACUUAAACCUUUCUUUCAAUGAUCUAGAGGGUGAGGUGCCAAAAGAUGGAGUGUUUGCAGUGGCAACCAAUGUAUCAUUACUUGGAAACAAAAAUCUAUGUGGUGGUAUACCUGAGCUAAAGCUUCCUCCAUGUCCGGUGAAAAAACCAAAACAUAGAAAGCAUCUAAAGCUACUUAUGAUUGUUCUUUUCACGUGUGUUAGUGUGGCUCUGGUCCUUGCAUCCUUUCUAUUGUUGCACUGGAAGAAGGAUAAAAAGAAGCAGUCUUCUAAGCUAUCCAAUGUUGAAAAGCUAUCCAAGAUAGCUUACAACGACUUGCACCGAGCAACCGGUGGCUUUUCCGAGACAAAUUUGAUUGGUUCGGGAAGCUUUGGCUCUGUUUACAAAGGAAGAUUUGAGCAAGGUGGGAAACAAACAUAUGCAGUAAAGGUACUUGACCUCCUAAAGGAUGGUGCUUCAAAGAGUUUUCUUGCAGAAUGUAAAGCGUUGAGGAACAUACGCCACCGAAAUCUCGUUCCAAUUUUGACCUGCUGCUCGAGUUGUGAUUUUGCAGGUAAUGAAUUCAAAGCUCUAGUUUAUGAGUUUAUGGAAAAUGGGGAUUUGGAUACGUGGUUGCAUAAUCAUUCAACUAAUGCAAGGACAAAUGUUCUAAGUGUUCUUCAAAGAUUAAACAUUGCAAUUGAUGUUUCUUCAGCAUUGCAUUAUCUCCAUGACGAUUGUGAACCAACAGUUAUUCAUUGUGAUAUAAAACCAAGUAAUAUUCUUCUUGACAAAGACUUAGUUGCUCACAUUGGAGAUUUUGGGAUAUCAAGGCUUUAUUCACAAAUAAUUGAAAAUUCAUCUGGAGAGCAGACUUUUUCAAUCGGAUUAAAGGGAUCCAUUGGCUACGUUCCACCAGAAUAUGGAAUGGGAGCACAUGCAUCAACUUUAGGAGACGUAUAUAGCUUUGGAAUCCUUUUACUGGAAAUGUUCACCGCAAAGAGACCCGUGGAUGAUUUGUUUAAUGAUGGUUGUUGUAGUCUCUAUGAUUACGUUGAGACAACGCUACCAAAGCAAGCGAUAGAGAUAGUAGACCCAUUGCUUUUAGCCUGCCUAGAAAGCCAGCAUGGAACAAAACCAGAUGAAGAGCUGAGCAGUCAAGGCAAUUUGGUGGGGAUUGAAGAGAGCAAGAUGCACAGUUUCUUCUUCUCUAUCUUCAAAAUUGGACUCACUUGUGCUUCAAGAUCACCAAUGGAUCGCAUGUAUAUGCAUGAUGUGACCAGGGAAUUACACAAGAUUAAAAAGACCUUCUUUGUAUAAAAAAGACCAAUUGUGUUAAGUUUGCUGUUUAAUUAGCCUUAAUAUAUGUUUUUCGCUGUAU